UGACGGUGAUACGCCGUUGGAACGCGCUGGUGGCGGCGGUGUCGGCGGCGGUGCUUGGCGACGGGGGUAGGUGGGGGAAGGGGCCUGUUUACAGGAUAACAGGAUCCUCUUCUCCUCCGGUCGCGCCAGUGUGUCCGCGAUACAUCACGGCGCAUCGGCGCGGCGUACAACGGGCGCGUGCCAACCGCGCUCGACAGCUCGCCGUCGUCGCCGUCGUCGCCGUCGUCGCCGUCGCCACCGCCGCCGUUCACCCCCGUGCAAAACGCGAACGAACGAACCCUCAGCGAGAUAUCGGUCAGCCUCCCUCUGCUUAGUUAGUCCGGCUCUCUUCUCUUUGGAAGAGAGACACGCCGCCUGUCUCUCUCUCUCUCUCUCUCUCUCUCCUGUUCCUCCCUUCGUCCGCUUGUUCGCCACCGCCGCCGCCGCCGCCGCCGCCGCCACCGCCGUCGCCGUCGCGCCGCCGCUGAUUCAUCGUCCUCUUCUUCUCUCUUCUUCUUCUUCUUCUUCUUCAUCUUCCUCUCGUUCCUUUCGCGCUCGCCACUCUCUCGGCCAAGCGAGAGGGUCUAUGAGUGCGGUGUGCUCGCGCGUUUCCCGAUAUCGUUCGGCAACAGGUAAUAGACGGCCAAGGUCGAGCCCGAUUCGUCGCUGAGACCGCUGCCGGUGCAUCAUGUUCGCCAAGUCCAGAGGCACGGCGCCGAGCGACCUGCUGCCCGAUCCGAUCCGCAACAUGUACGAGAUCGGCAAGCAGUCCGCCACGGCCGGUCCCGAGAACGCCUGGCGAAUUUACGACGGCUACCGGAAAAAAGACAGAAUGGAGGUCUCUAUCUUCCUGUUCGACAAGCGGUCCGUUGAGAAAGUAUACAAGCCGAAGCGCAGAGAAGCGGUGACGGACAUCCUGCGCGAAGGCGCCACUCAAAUGGAGCGUUUGUCGCACCCCAAGUUACUGCAGGCGUACAAAGUCGAGGAAUGCGCGGACACGUUGGCCUUCGCGUCCGAGCCGGUCCUCGCCAGCCUGGCCAACGUCUUGGCUUACAAGGAGCAGCUGGCGAGCAACCUCGCCGCGCAGUCCUCCACGUCGAUGGCCAAGCAGAACCAUCCGCCGACCACCAGCCACUGCCGUUCCACCUUCGUCAAGGAAUACGAGCUGAUCGAGCUGGAGGUCAAGUAUGGACUGUUGCAGAUCACGGAGGCUCUGUUAUUUCUUCACAAUAUCAAAUAUCUUCACAGGAACGUUUGUCCGACGAGCAUUAUAAUUACAAAGAGAGGCACGUGGAAGCUGUCGGGGUUCGAGUUUAUCGAGAAGGCCAACGAGAUACCGAUAGUGGUGCAAUCGUGGACGAAGAACAUGUCGAAAAUGACCCAACCGAAUCUCGACUAUAUAGCGCCGGAAGUGCAGCAGAAAAAGAUUGCCAGCUUUUGCAGCGACAUGUACAGUCUCGGUAUGACGAUAUGCGCGAUUUACAACGAGGGCCGACCGCUGAUCCAGGCGAAUCACAGCAGCUCGGAUUACCUUAAGCAACUCGAGAUUCUGGACGAUCAAGUCACCGUGAUCCUGCCGUUGGUGCCGAUACCUCUUCGAGAGGCCGUGACUCGACUGUUGCACAAGGAUCCCGAGCAGAGGCCGACCGCGCAGGUUCUGACCAUGAUCAAGUUCUUCCGGGAUCCGUUCGUGCACGCGCUGCAAUUUUUGGACGUCAGCAAGAUGAAGGACGUGUGUCAGAAGGAGCACUUUUAUACGACGACUUUGAAGGAGCUAUUGCCGUACAUGCCAAAGAAACUCUGGUAUCAGCACAUCUGGAGGUAUCUUCACGCGGAAUUGCAAACGCAGGAAGUGCUGUCCGCCGUGCUGCAGCCUAUGCUGUAUAUCGUGCAGAACAGCACCCAGGAGGAGUACGAUCAGAUCCUGUUCCCUACGCUCAAGCCCCUCUUCACCAAUCGCAAGUCGAUUCAGGGUACGGUGACCUUGCUGGAGAACCUGCAUCUCAUCCUGAAGAAGACGCCGCAGGAGUACGAGCGCGAAGUGCUUUCGAUGCUGUACACGUCUUUCGAGAAUUCAAACGUCCAAGUGCGGACAGCCGCUUUCGUGGCCGUGUCGCACGUGACGAAUUAUCUCGAGGACGACGCCAUACGCAACGUGGUGCUGCCCAAGUUGCUGGAGGCCUUCCAAAACAACUCGGCGGACGCACGAGUGCUGAUGGACGUGGUGCCCUGCAUCCUGAGCCGACUCGAGAAGCAGAAGAUCAUCGACUGCAUCUUACCGCUGCUCUGUAAAGUCAAGCUGCAAGAACCCGAGAUCGUCGUGCGGGUUGUAAAUAUUUACAGGCUGAUGCUGACCGACAAGAAGUACGGCCUGUCGGUUAACUGGAUGGCGGCGCACGCGAUGCCGUCGCUGCUGCCGCAAACCGUGAACCCGGCGUUGAAUCUUGAGCAAUUCAUACUGCUGCUCGAGGUGCUGCAGGAUAUGCUGAACAACAUCGAGAGGAAUCAGAGGAAUAAAUUGACGCUCGACAAUCUCUCGCUACCGAGCCCGGACAAGUAUCGACCUCUGCGACAUCAGUACAGUACCGAUAACGUCCACGUGCCGCCGUUCAACAUCCCGAAUUUGCGCAUCGAGCAACGCAAGACCUCGUCGGCCGAGGAUAUGGCCAGGAAGAACAGUAUCGGGUCCAUCUCAACGGCGUCUGCGGAAAAUAUGGCGCGGAAGAAUUCAAUGGCCGUGAUGUUCGGCGGAUGGUUCACCUCGUCCGGCAACAACGACAGCAAUUUCUUGAGAGUGGCCAACACGUUCACGAACAGACGCCUCUCGGAUAACACCCUGAUGACACCCAAGAUACGGAUAGCGCCAUCCUGCGCGAGCUCGCCGGGCGGGACACCUGGCGGCGGUGGCCUGCCGAUCCGUCGGCAUUCCAGCACCGGUCCGCAGGAGCGACGAGGCUCGAAUAUCAAUUUGUCACCGCCCACGGGAGGCGGAAUGCCGAUCACGAGUAGCAGCGUGCCGUACCUGCUCAGUUCGAGCUUGAACAGCAUUCGCGGAUCGAGGCGGCCGUCCGUGUCCUCGACGUCGUCGCAGCAGGGCAUCGGGAUACUGCAGCAGGUUGGCUCCAGCAUGGUAAGACAACUACCCCCCAUCUGCCUGAACCUGAACGGACCACCACCACCACCAACACUCUCUCCAUCACUCCAGCUACCGGGACAGCGUUCCCACUGACCCUCCGUUACAGUUACCAGUUCUUCAACAGACAAUCCGAAGCGUAAAGUGCCAAUAAUUGAACAAAGGUCGGACAAGAUCGCGGUGGUUGUAGAGCUGACUAGCGAGCAUCGAUCCACUCGCACGUCCGGUCAAUCGUGCUGGAACAGGGAGUAACGAGCACAGCAGACUUUCAAGGAGCGCGCAAUCAAGGAUGGAUACUCCCGGCGAGCGAGGCGAGCGGACGGUGUCUCAUUAAUUGGCGGUCGCGGGAUCUCUAAUGAGCGCGAAACUCCGCGGCGACGAUCCGGAGAUCGUCCGGCUCCGGGAUUACGAGGUGGACACAGAGAUAGAGAGAAUAAAUAGAUCGAGGAAAACACGAGGGAAAGAGAAGAAGGAAGGAAGGAAGGAAGCAGACUCUCCGCGGAUUAUCCGCCCGUUUGAUCCGACCUAAUGCAUAUACAAUAGGGAUAUUCUUCGCGGUCGUGAGGCAAGGUCGUGAAAUCGAUGGUUGCAAAUUAACCCGGAGGGACUCUCCCCCUCCCUGCCUACGCGCGUCACCGAGUGAAAUAUUCGUGCCGCGUAUUUCCGUCACAUACACACAUAUACACACACGCACGCACACACGCGCACGCACGCGCGCACACACACACACACACACACACACAAGCGCGCGCGCAUGCACACACACACACACAAGCGCGCGCGCAUGCACGCACGCACACGCACAUAUUAUCCCUCGCUUCGUCCUCGCGUGGGCGAGGGUUCGCAAGGGCGCGGUUUGCGAGGUAACGAGCGAGGUACGGCGAGGUGUUACGGGGAUUACCACGGGUGUGUGUCAGAAAUCGUCCCGGCCGUAUACGUACCGCGAAUAAUCCGCGAGUCGAAUGUUACGUUACAUUAAUUAUUAACACCGAAUAUCAAUGUGUGCGCGCGCGCGCGCGCGCACGUGUUAUUAAGCGUAUCGAUGCGGCGAUACACCAAUAUUUCGUGAUGUUUCGCUGAUAUUUCAAUAGCAUGACUAAUUAACCGUCGCGAACAGCGUGGUUAAUUAAUUAUCGAUUAACGCGUGAAUUGUGUCAAUUGUUUACGACAGUUUGAUUGUCGUCAAUUUUAUCACGAUUAUCGGCGCGAUCAGUGGAAGAGGGGUUGCAACAUUUUUUUUUACUUCAACUUUGAGACGCAUUUGGUACCCAAGAGGAAAAUUUGUCUCCUGUGAAUCACUGAACGAGCACAAAUUGUCCCCAAAUGGAUACGGACGCGUUGCGGAAUUUAUUGGAGGGAAAAAGAAAAAAAAAAAAAAAAGUGCUGCUUCUUUCCCACACUGGUCUCAUUUCCCAAGUGCGAUCGACGUGGUGGGCAUUUGACGCUCGAGAUGUGACCGAGAAUCCGAAUAGCCCUAACCUUGUCUACCUGAUACGAGAUGAGCAAUUAAUAUAUUAAGGGUCGAGAACGACGAGUCGUAAAGCCUAAAGAGGGCCGAGUGCGGCUUCUGAUACACCCUGUGCGAAGACGCCUUGUGCAUAUACACACGCAUGUACAUGUACAUGACAAAGUAAUAUCUUUCAUCGUAAUAUCUUUCUUAGCCACGUACAGACAAAAGAAUAAAUAUUUUUCUCGUCGAUAUAUAUACACAUAUAUAUAUAUAUAUAUUUGUCUAUAUAACAAUCUAUAACGGCAGCGUACACACACACACACACGCGGGCUGACACUGAGCUUCGAUAUUAUUUACCAGGUCAAUCGGUAUUCACUGAUUUUUCUAAUCGUUCCUGGAUAACGCGCGCCUGGGUUUAUGACACGACGUGUCAUGCUGUCCAACAGAAAGAAAGACAGAUGAACCGAAUAUCGACAGUCAUAAUGUACUUACAUGUACAUCCGGACACGUUGCGAACGAUUACAGAGGCUAGUGAAUAUUUUAGCCUGAUAAGCGUUCAAGGCUUUAUCGAAGCUCAGUGUAGCUCACGUGCCGAGCGCGCCGUAAGUUGUCAAUUGUCGCAUUAUACAAUCAUUAAGUCUUAAGGUAGCUUUUUUAACUAAGACGGUACUAUCAAGCGCGGGUGGCACAUGUACACACACACACACACAUAUAUAUAUAUAUAUAUAUAUACACAUAUACGCAUACACAUGACGUACAAACAAACAGAUGCUGAA